AUGCUCUCGAAAGUGGAUAACACUCUCCGUUUCUUUAAUGGUAUUUUUUUAGUGUUGGCAAUUGCCUUCAUUUCCACAUUACUAAGCACUCAAAAUCAUGGUAGUUCUCGUGUGAAUUACUGUAUGUUUGCCGCUGCGUUUGGUCUAUUGACUGAUUCAUUUUUCGGUAUGGCAGCCAAUCUAAUUGAUUUUCUUUCCUCCUGGCCCAUCAUUUUGUUUGUCUUUGACUUUUUAAAUUUCGUCUUCACAUUCACCGCAGGGACCGUGCUUGCCGUGGGUAUCAGAUGUCAUUCAUGCAAUAACAGAAGAUAUUUGGAAAGUAACAAGAUCAUUCAGGGAUCAGGGAUCAGAUGCAGGGUGUCACAAGCCGCAGUGGCCUUCUUCUAUUUCGCUGCCUUUGUAUUCCUUGCAAAGAUGAUCAUGUCUGCCAUAAGUAUGGCUUCCAAUGGUGCGUUUGGUUCGGGAUCGUUCAUGUCUAGGAGAAAGAGGAGAAGUGGUGCUGGUGUGGGUGGUACUACGGGUGGUGGUGUUCCAACUAUUUCAGAAGUUUAG